UUUUCAAACAAGUGCAAGACUCAGAUAGGAGUGUUUGAAAUAAAAUGGUUGCUUAACAGUCGGGGGUUCUCUGGAACUGGAGAUAUAAACUGGAAUAUAUUUCAGGAAGCUUCAGGAAUCCUGCAUCUAUAAGAGACAACAGACCUACUUUAAAGGGCUGAAGAGCCGAGGCAUAGCAGGGCAGAAGUGUGCUGCAUGGGGCCACGGCCAGGCCUUAUGGCAGGAGGCGCCAAGAUCUCAAAGAGCUAUAAUUACGUUCUGUAGGAGCCUCUGAGGUGAAACAGUUCACACAGACACUGAAAGAUCGUGUGCCCAUGAGGUCAUCCAUGCUGGUCCUGUUUUUCGUCUUCAGUGCCCAGGCUCUGGCCACCAUCACAGGGGUCUCGUGCAGCUCCACAACAGAUCAACAGAAAAACUCAACCUCCAUCCCAACUGUGGACCCUAAACUCUUCAGCAAGCGUCAUUACCUCUCACCCAGGGUGCGGUUCAGCUCACAGCCCCCCAAUGUGGAACCAACGGGGGAGCAUGGUAUCAGCAGGAGGACUCGAAGGCGAGCGGGACAGCCUCAGCACCGGGGGGUGUACUCUGUUUGUGAGAGUGUUAGCGUCUGGGUGGGCAACAAGACCAAAGCCACAGACAUCUCAGGCAAUGAGGUGACAGUGCUCCCAAAUGUGAACAUAAAUAAUGUUAACAAGAAGCAGUAUUUCUUUGAGACGACGUGUCACAGCCCUGGCUCUGGAGGCUCAGGCUGUUUAGGAAUUGACGGGAGGCACUGGAACUCCUACUGCACCAACUCACACACUUUUGUUCGAGCACUGACUUCAUUCAAGAACCUGGUGGCUUGGAGGCUCAUACGCAUCAACGUGGCUUGCGUGUGUGUGCUCAGCCGCAAAUCAUGGAGGCAGUGAAGACCGAGCCGACAGGCUGGCACUCAGAACACAAUAUAGACAAACACAAUAAAAUGUAAACAGGUAUGUUCCUGCAAAUAAAUUAUCACCAAAGGCCUGCACAAAGUAAAUUAUUAUAUUAUGUGUCAAAGUAUUGGGACUACAUGUAUUCACACCAGACCUGGGUCAAAGAGUACCUACAAGUUUGUCAUUACUGAAGUAUUAUCAGAAUUGUGAAAGUGUUUCAUUCAGCUGUGGUUCACAAAAAAAGCCAGUUUCUUGAGAUGCAAGUGUUCAUUGCAUUUAUAUAGCAUUAGACGAUGUCGUUUCUAAAGGAAAAAACUUGAAGUGCGAAAUUUCCUUUUAGUAAACAAUAUAGCCUGUGCUCUUUAAAAUCUACUACAUUUAGAAGAAUUUAUUGGCAAAAUAUUUAUGGUACAAACUGAUUCCAUCAAUUGAAAGUAACAAAAAAAUUUAAUUCUAACAUAUUCAGCAAAAUACAGCCUUGAUGAAAAAAUGGAAUCCCCCCCAUGUAGAUUUCUGUAGGAUUUGUUUUUUUACACUAGUAUUGUUAAAACAUACGUUGUGUAAAGAUGACCAAACAAAAAAUUGUUUUUGAUUUACUAAUUUAAAAAGUUAUCCACAAUAACUUGUCCCUAUAUGAACAUAUAAUAUUGUUUAAAACAAAUUACAUUUAAAUAUAUAAUCUUUUCCUUAUUAACUCAUGAGUAAAUGUGAUUUACGAGUCUUUUAAAUAAGGUUAUUCUCACUUCACCUAUCCAUGUCUUCUGACCAACUAGGAAAAGAAAAAAAUUACUUGAAAAGAAGAUUUAACUUAAAAAGCUAUGUCUCAAAAUUAGGAAAGAGAUGAGAAACAUCAUCAACAUCCAUCGGCCUGGAAAGGAUUAGAAAAGGAUCUCCAAGCCUUUGUGACUCAGGUGAACUGAAUGAAAUCCCCGCCUACCUAAAUUAUUCCAAGAAACCCUUUGCUGAAUCAUCAUGGUGUUCAAAGAAGAACCCAGAAAAUAGCUAAAGCUCUGAAAGCCUCAGUUUCCCUAGGCCAGUAUUCUUGAUUCAACAAUAGGAAAGAGAAUGGUCAAAGAUUUCUUUUAAUGGACUGUAGUGUCAAAAUCGGAACUUCUCAGAAACUUUGUUCCCUUUACAGUUUCCAAAAUAGAACAUCAUGAUAGUUAAACACGGUGGAGGCAAUAUUGGUGGUCGAGGGCUUCUUUGUUUCUCAUCAACUUGUAGAAAAGGAACCAGGAAUUAAGCUCUCUACCAGAAAGUCCAGCCAAAGAAUGUGCAAUUUGACUUUUAACUUAACUGACUUUGAGUUAUGUAGCAGGAAAUUCAUGUAAAGCACAGCACUAGGACUUUUACUAUUCAAAGAAAUUGACCACAAAGAUUUGAAUAAGAAAAAUCUCUCCUUUCAUAAUGGACGGUUUGCUGUUUUAGAUGUUGGAUAUUUGGAAAGAGAGGUUUUUUAUCCAUUACCUCAAUAUAUUACUAAAUCAAAUUACAAUAAAUGUAGUUUGAAAAAUGUAUUUGUAAAAUCAUUUAAAAGUUUGGGUAGCACUAUCAGGCCUUAAUCUCAUAUUCAAAAUGUCACUUUUGAUAAAACAACAAGGCUAACAUUAACUUUUGGUUAUUUCAGAUUGUCUUGCUUCCAAUUCUUUCUUGCACUGCUAAACAAAGAAAUGGAGCAGUCCAAUAAAUACCCAGAAUAUGUUUGAUCAUUUUUAUCCACUAGCAUUUUCACUGAAAGAGCUUUUUUUAUUAUUUAGAUCCUAAUAAAACCACAAAACCGCAUAAAAUUAGCCCCAUACCUGCAGACUCCACAUGUCUGCAGCAAUUUACAAUUUGAUAGAUUAUUUUUUACGAUCAACAACAAUUUAUAUGAGAGGAAAAAAGAAUUAUACUGUACUAACUUCCAGAUUUGGACAAAGACGCUGGCUUAUAGACCAGACCACAGCUGCACUGUAAACCACAGCUUCUGAAAACACAGUGAUUUAGUUUACAUGUUCAAGGGACUGGAGCUUCUACAAAGCAGAGGCUAAAAUAUUUGCUGUUAAUAGCAGCCGAGUCAGUAACACAGUAACAUGCCUGUAAAAGUUUUGGCAGAGAAACACAGUGUAUAAAUACUUGUAAUCAUUUCUUCUUUGCUGUUGCCUUACAGAAAACCCGUCUUGCUGAGAAAGCAAACAAAACAAUUCUGUUGAUACAAUUUAACCCAGGUCUGCUAUAUAAAGUUUGUUUGUUUUUGUUUUUUUUAUAUUGAAUAAUUAUGUUUAUAUUGUUAUUUAUUAAACAUUUACAAACAUGCACUGUGUGUUUCAUGAAGUUGCCCCUGCAUAUAGCUGAAAA